UCCGUUUCGAACUCAGACCGCGGCGGUGUGUUGUUUUGUUUAGUUAGCUUAACGUUAGUUAGCACACAACAGAACAUCCUUCUGCCUGUGCACUUAAUGUCCCAAAUACAACUAUCAGGAUGAUGGAUUCAUGUCUGAGCGACAAAGACAAACAGGUUGAAGAUUUGAAGAGAUAUCUCUCAUCAGAGUUCAGCACCUUACCAGACUCACAGCAUUCGAGCAUCGAGGACAGAGAACACCUACAGGUCUACCUCCGUAUCCGGCCCUUUUCCUCAGCAGAGAGUAAUAAUGGAGAGUCGCAGGACUGUGUUACCAUCGAGCCUCCUGACACUGUUCUUCUUAAGCCUCCUGGCUUGUCCCUCUCAGCGCGGCUCAGCACUGACAAAUCCUUUCUACAGACUGGGCAGCGCUUUCAGUUCUCUCAGGUGUAUGGUCCUGAGACAACGCAGAGAGAGCUGUUUGAAGGCACAGUAAAAGAUUUAGUGAAAGAUGUUUUCGAAGGGGGAAACUCGCUGGUUUUCACAUAUGGAGUCACCAACGCUGGGAAGACCUUCACAUUCUUAGGUCCUGAUGCCGAUGCUGGUAUCCUGCCCAGGUCUCUCGAUGUCAUUUUCAGCAGUAUUGAUGAACAGGUUUUCAGCGGGAUGAGCAUCAAACCUCACCGCAGCCGAGAGUUCAUAAGGCUCACCAGGGAGCAGCAGGCUGAGGAAGCAGUGUUCAAGAGAAACCUCUUCAGACAACUUAAAGAGAGCGAGAAGAGCAAUGCCGGCCCGUUGAACUCAACCAAUAAGACUCUCCUUGAAGGCCCCUCUAUGCUGCAGACGACUGCAGCAGCAGAGGACAAAAUCAGCCUGGAGGUGGAAGCGCUAACAAAGUUCUCUGUGUGGGUUUCUUUCUGUGAAAUCUACAAUGAAAACAUUCACGACCUCCUGGAGGUGGUGCCCAGCGGGGCCCCGAGGAGGACUGCACUGCGCCUGUCACAGGACGUCAAGGGCAACGCCUUUGUGAAAGAUCUGCGUUGGGUUCAGGUAAAUACUGCGGAAGAGGCUAACAAGGUGAUGAAGCUGGGCAAGAAGAACCAGAGCUUCUCCUCCACCCGGCUCAACCAGCUCUCCAGCAGGAGUCACAGUAUUUUCUCCAUUCGCAUAUUGAGGAUUGAGGAUAGUGGGACUCCGAGGGUCCAAGCAGUCAGCGAGUUGUGUCUGUGUGACCUGGCUGGCUCGGAGCGAUGCGCCAAGACUCAGAAUAAAGGAGAGCGUCUGAAAGAAGCUGGAAACAUCAACACCUCACUGCUCAUCCUGGGAAAAUGCAUCAACGCACUACGACACAAUCAGCAGGCCAAGCUGCUCCAGCAUGUUCCCUUCAGGGAAAGCAAGCUGACCCACUACCUGCAGGGCUUCUUCUGUGGUCGAGGUAAAGCCUGCAUGAUCGUCAACAUCAACCAGUGUGCCUCCAUGUACGACGAGACUCUCAACGUCCUCAAAUUCUCUGCUGUGGCUCAGAAGGUUGUGGUUCUAUCCACCAGGCCUCUUCCCAUCAUGUCCCAGAGGUCCACCAGUGAUGUAUCCUUCGCUCUUCGGUGCAACAGGAGGAGCUCCCUGAUUGGCUAUGAUAGUAGCCUGGAGGAUGUACAGGAGGAUGAAGAUGAUGAGUGUGAGGAAGAAAAGAGCCUGAUGGAGGAUACAAUGGAUCAGACCUGCAAUGAAGAAGACAGCGAUGAACACGAUAAUGAUAAAAUUCUCAUCGGUAGAAAGAUGCACCAGCGGCAGGUGGCGCUGUUGAGACAGCUGCAGCUACAGCUGAAGAAGGAGCGAGCGGAGAGCCUGCUCAUGGAGGCGCGAGUCAGAGAAGAAAUCAGCAGAGAGUUCUCAGAGCUCUUCUCUGAGAUGCAGAAUGACUACAAUGACCGCCUGGCGAGGGAGAGAGAAAUCUUAGAGGAGCGAGCAGAAAGGAGAAUGGAGAUCUUCAAGAACCUCAUUGACAAAAUGUCCACCACUGGACCCAGUCCAGAUGCACAAGCCAUGGACAAAUCUCUGGACUGCUCUGAAUUGGCAGGCAUAAAGAAAGCCACUGAGGCUGCUCAUAAAUGUCUGGGUUCAGGCCGAACGGCGGCUCAGGGAGACAUAAGAGACGCUGUAGAGGAGCUGGAGAGGAAGGUGUUGGAAAUGAAUGAGCACCAACAGAAAGUCCAGCAGCCAAUGGCUCACAAUGGUGAAGCCAGCGGAGUAGAGGAAGAGGAGAAGAGGAGGCUUCUCUUUCAGCUCCAGGAGAAGUCGUCAGAGGUUGCUCGGCUCGAGAAACAAGUGGGAGACCUGCGGAGGGGGGCAGAGCUGGGCUCGCAAAGUCGCUCCAUGCUGGUCGAGGAGGAGAGCUCACGUGAGAGAGAACGGCUGCAGGAGGUGUUGGCUGCCCUUGAGAAGGAGAAAGAAGGCGCCCUCGCUGCCUUGGAGUACCAGACUAUGGGAAAAGAGGAGGCGCUGGCCUCCUUAGAGGAGGAAAGGAAAGCAAGGGAGGAGGCCCGUGCCACACUAAAGGAGCUGAAGCAAAGCAAAGAGGAGCUUCUAGCGUCCCUUAAAGAAGAGAGAAAAGGCAACGAGAAAGCCCUAGAAACUGAGAGGAGAGCCAAGGAGGAUGCGAUUGCCGCCCUUUCAGAAGAGAAACAAAGCAGGGAGGAUGUACUUGCUACUCUUGUUGAAGAGAGGAGAAGCAAAGAGGAGGCUCAGUCUGCUCUGGAGGUGGAGAGGAAGGAGAUGAGCAGGCUGGUUGAGGAGAGAGAAAAUAAGCAACAGGAGGGUGAUGCUCUUCGACGAGAAGUCAAAGAGCUGACUGCCAAACUGGAAGCCACAGUGCAGCAGGUGACCAGCGAGACAGAGAGAGCUGAACAAGCGUUAGUCCAGCUACAAACUGCUCAGGCACACCUGGACGAACGCUCUAAGGAGAUCCAGGAGAAAACUUCCCACAUCCUCGCCCUGACGCAGGAAGUUCAAAGCCUGAAACGGGAACUACAGACUUCAGCAGUAUCUUCUGGUUGUGUCAAAGAUCAGCUUAGAGAGGAAGUCUCAGAGCUUCGGAAGAAUGUGACCGAGGAAAAGGAGAAAUAUGAGAGCAAGCACAGACAAAUGCUGGAGCUGGAGCACAAGCUAGAGCAGGCAAACGAACAGUUGGCACACAAACAGCUGAUCUCCGACCAGCAGCUGGAACAGUUCACAGAGAAGCUGAACCAACAAGAUGCAGCUUCAAAACAGCAAGUUGAAGAGCUGAAAAAGAAGCUUCGGGAGCAAGAAGAGAAAUCACAGCAGCCACUGGAUGAGCUCACAUCCAGGCGCGAAUCCCAAGAAUGUGCUGCCAAAGAAGAAGUGGAACAGCUGAGAGCCAAACUCGAGGAACAAACGCAGGCCUCCAAAAAGCAGGUAGAGGAGCUCAAUGAGAAGCUGCGAGAACAAGAAGCCAUAUCACAACAGCAGCUGGAGGAGUUAAAACACAAACUGAGUGAGCAAAAGGAAACCUCCGGCAAACUUUUAGAUGAUCUCAAGCAAAAUCUCAGUGAUCAGGAGAGAACUGCAGAGCUCCUCAAGGUCGAACUAGAAGAAGCUAGGUUUAAAGGUUCAAGCAGUUCCUGUUGCUCUGCUGCUGAAGAAGAUCUCAAGAGACUGAACUCCGAUCUCCAAACUGAGAUCGCGACCCUGAGGGCAAAGGUUUCCAGCGUGGAAAACACGGAGUCGUCUCAGCUAGCCUCUUCAGAGAUGGAGAGAAUGCUAAAAGAAAAGGACAGACAGGUGGAGGAGAAGCUGGCAGAGGUGGAGAAAGCGUCUGCAGAGAGAGAGGCAGAGCUGCAGAAAAAGCUGCUGGAAAAGGAGGCACAGGUGAAUUCCCUGCAGAGGAGCCUGAAGGAGGCGCAGGAGCGGCGGGAGGAGGAGGAGACCCAAGCUGUCCAGGCGGCCCGGACCAGGGAGGUGGAAAGGCGCAGAGAGCUGCUGGCUGUGGCGCAUGAGGCCAUCGCUCAGAAAGAUGCAGAGCUGGAAGAGAAAGCAGAGAUCAUCAGCAGACUAAAGGAAAAUGCCAAGCAGGAGUCUGAGAAAGUCAAGAGCCUCAGCCUCGACCUUCAGAGGAAAGAGGACGACACUUCAGACCUCAGAGAGAAACUAGCCGACUACAAGAAGCAGAUCCAGCAGGUCCAAAAAGAGAUUUCGUCCAUGAGAGAAGAGGAAAAGGCUUUAAAGCAGAAGGUGGCUGACACGGAGAAAGCCAAGAAGCAGCUUCAGUCUGACCUCGCCAACAGAGACAGAACCAUCCAGCAACUCAAAACGGAACAAUCCUCUGACGCCAAGUCUGACCAGACACUCCAGCUCUACCAGAAGGCCUGUAAAGACCUUGAAACCAAGGAGCGCGUGAUGGAGGACAUGCGUUUGGCACUGACGGAGCAGGAGGAGACGCAGGAGCAGAUGGAGCAGGCCUUGGAGGAGAAACUUAACCUCAUCCAGGAGCUCUCCAGCGAGGUGGAGAAGUUGAAAGGGUGUUGUUGCAGCAGAAUUGCGGAAGCAACGCCCACCGUCAGGUCAACAGCCCGUCAGAUGACCUCAAACUGGCCCAACAGGAAGCUGCCCAGGUUCAGGAAAGCUUGAAGCUGUGUACAGAGAAACAUCAGGCCGAACGCAAAAAGUGGCUGGAAGAGAAGCUGUCCCUGAUCGGCCAAGCUAAAGAGGCUGAGGACAAGAGGAACCAGGAAAUGAGGAAAUUUGUGGAAGACCGAGAACGCUACACUCGGC